GCAAACAUGCCAGUGUCAAGAAUGAGGAUGAGGCCAUGGCUUGAGAAGAUGAUCGACUCCAACGCCAUCUCCGGCCUGAACUGGGUGGAUAAGGACAGGACGAUGUUCUCGAUUCCGUGGAAACACGCCGCUCGACACGGCUGGGAAUUAGACAAAGACGCGUGUCUGUUCAAAGAAUGGGCCAUUCACACAGGGAAAUACGUUCCAGGACAGGCCUGUGAUCCCAAAACAUGGAAAGCCAACUUCCGCUGCGCGAUGAACUCCCUGCCUGACAUCGAGGAGGUGAAGGACAGGAGCGUCAACAAAGGCCACCAAGCCAUGCGUGUCUUCAGGAUGCUGCCUGCUGCUCCCAAAGGCAGAGACAAACGAAGCAAAGUGAGGGAAACCAAGUCAAGGAAGAAGAGCCAACCCGUCAAGAUAAAGGAAGACUCAGACUACAGUGACAUUGUGUCCCCCAUGAACGUGCCCCCACCUGAAGAGACCAUGUCCACUCAAGAAAACAGAGUUGACAGCACAGUGCACAUGGACCAGGAAGAUUUCUCAUUCGUGGCUCAAUCCGAAGUUCCAGAUUGGUCCCUUUCAGUUGAGAUCGGGCCUGACGUUUUAUCUCACAGAUUUGAAGUUUCCCCUGAUCACAGCCCUGAUUACGAAUAUCCUCAAGACAUCAUUGAGAUUUGCCAGCAGCUUGAGAAAGACUCACUAUGGAUGUACAAUUCAGACGGCAAGGGGUUCCUGAGCAAUGAAGCUUGCACGAGUCCAGGGAGCCAGUGGAGUGAAUCUUCCUCAGUCGAAGAAGUAGACGACACGCCACAGUACACAACUUUGGGCACAGACUUCACAAACUCCACAGACGACUUCUGGGACAGUUUGUGUCAGCAGAUCCCUCACCUGUAA